UUAGGCGCAGAUGACACACAGGGAGGUAAUCUCACAGGGAAGAGAGGGCAAAAAAACAAAUCUAUGUGUGUGUUGUGUGAGUGUGUAUGUGUUGCAUUGAGAGAGAGAGAGAGUGUGUGUGUGUGUGCGUGUGUGUUUGGAAACCCAGUGCGUCCACUCAGCCGGCAUGAGGUGGUCGUCCUCCUCUGGACUGGUUAUGGAUUGGUUUAGCCCCAGCAGUGGUGCUGAUAUUUGCUGAAGAUGAGUAGUGGGGGGGAAAACACCCCAGAGCCCCCCAGGGGGGGAGAAAAGAGGAAAGACUGUCAGCCAGACCUGCUGGGGCCCAGCCCUAAGAGGAGCACCGAGAAGAGGAACCGGGAGCAGGAGAACAAGUACAUCGAGGAGCUGGCCGAGCUGAUCUUCGCCAACAUCAACGACAUGGACGACCUCAACGUCAAGCCGGACAAAUGUGCCAUCCUCAAAGAGACGGUGAAGCAGAUCCGACAGAUCAAGGAGCAGGAAAAAGCUCCAGCGGCCGACACCGACGAGGUGCAGAAGGCGGACGUGUCGUCCACGGGACAGGGUGUCAUCGAUAAGGACGCCCUCGGGCCCAUGAUGUUGGAGGCCCUGGACGGCUUCUUCUUCGUGGUCAACAUGGACGGCAACAUGGUGUUUGUGUCGGAGAACGUCAGCCAGUACCUGUGCUACCAGCAGGAGGAGCUGAUGAACACCAGCGUGUACAGCGUGCUGCACGUCGGAGACCACGCCGAGUUCAUCAAGAACCUCCUGCCCAAGAGCCUGGUGAACCGGCGGAGCAGCGACCCGGCCAGCAGGAACAGCCACACCUUCACCUGUCGCAUGCUGGUCAACCCGCAUGCUGACGGGGACGCCCAGCCGGCCUCUGACCAGCAGGAGGCGCCGCAGCAGAAAUACGAGACCAUGCAGUGUUUUGCCGUUUCGGAGCCUAAGUCUAUCAAAGAGGAGGGGGAAGAUUUCCAGUCUUGUCUGAUCUGUGUGGCGAGGAGGGUCCCCGUCAAAGAGAGGCCGGUGAUGCCCACCUACGAGAGCUUCACCACCCGACAGGACCUUCAAGGUAAGAUUACGUCCCUGGACACCAGUCUGCUGCGGGCGUCCAUGAAGCCAGGCUGGGAGGACCUCGUUCGCCGCUGCAUCCAGAGGUUCCACCUGCAGAAUGACGGGGAGAUGUCCUUCGCCAAGAAACACCAGCAAGAUGUGUUGAGGCAGGGCCAUGCAUUCAGCCCUCUGUACCGUUUCUCCCUGGCGGACGGCACCAUCGUCUCGGCUCACACCAAAAGCAAGUUGGUCCGAUCCCCCACCAACAACGAGCCACAGCUCUACAUGUCGCUGCACAUCCUUCAGAGGGAGCAGAACAUGUGUGGCAUGAACCCAGACACACCUGGUGGCCAAGGCAUGGCCAAGCCAAUGAGCGGUGUGCCCUCCAUGACCCCACCCAGUCUGGGCGGCGCCUCCCCGUCUCCUGAUGCCUCGGUCAGCAGCAACACCCAACAGUCCACCUCCGCCAACAACACCCCUGGCCACAGUUUUGGUUGCCAGGGUGCCAUGUCGGGCCGAGUGCCCACCCCUCAGGGAAACAGCCACAUACCCAAGCUGGGCAGCCCGUCGUCCCAGGGAAGCCCAAGCGUCACGUCUGGGGCCCAGGGUGCCAUGUUGUCUCCUCGCCACCGCCAGAGCCCCAGCAUGGUGGCGAGCAGCAGCAGCGGUAGCCCUCGCCUCCCCCCGCAUCACUCCGGUCCUUUCUCCCCAUCAGCGGGCGGGCUCCACUCCCCAGCGUCUGUAUGCAGCAGCACAGGACAAGGAAGCGGCCACGGGUACAGCAGCAGCUCCCUCAGCGCGCUGCAGGCCCUCAGCCAGGGCCACGGGGUUUCCCACGGACUUGCCGAGGGGCAGCAUUCGGAUUCGUCUCCUGACAGGAAAUCGGCUGGCCUCCAGAGCCCCAUGCCCAGUAGCAACAAUGCUAGCCAGAUAGCCAAGAGCAGCGCUAGUUUGGAGGCCGACUUGUUUGGAGCUUUCGGGGAGCAGCAACAUUCGGCAUCAUCCCAAAACCAGGAGGGGGAGCAGGAUGAGAUGAAAGAUGGCGUCCCUGAAGGUUUCGGGGGAAACGGAAGAUUAGGAGAGCUCACCGACGGCCCAAACCGCCUCCUGAACAGCAAAGGCCACACCAAGCUCCUUCAGCUCCUCACCACCAAGUCCGAGCACAGCGAGCCCUGCUCUUCACACGGCGCCCUGGGGGACGAUGGGAACUGUAAGGACAACAUGGGCGGGGUCGGAGGCGUGGCCGGGGCGGGGCACAACAACCACUCCACCUCACUGAAAGAGAAACACAAAAUCCUCCACAGGCUGCUGCAGAACAGCACCUCGCCCGUGGAGCUGGCCAAACUAACAGCUGAAGCCACUGGAAAAGACCCCAUCGGUCCAGACUCGGCCGCAGGGGACAGCAUGGCCGCCCUGGGUGAACUCACUGCCAAGCAGGAGCCGGGGAGCCCCAAAAAGAAGGACAACGCGCUGCUUCGGUAUCUGUUGGAUAAGGACGAUAACGGCGUCCAGGAAAAAGGCAUCAAGUUGGAACCCGGUGACGGUUUGAAGAUGCCAAACAUCAAGACAGAGAAACACGAAGCGGGCUUUAGCAUGGCCGACCAGACCAGCGAGUUGGAGGAUCUGCUGGACAACCUGCAGAGCGGCGGCCAGCAGCAGCAGCUGUUCCCAGGCCAGCCGCCGGCCAGAGGGGUGUCCUCCUCUUCGUCGUCGUCUUCCUCGGUGCCGGCGGCCUCCUCCGUGGACAAACAGACCAUCAUCAGCGACAUCCUGCAGAUGAACGACAGCAGGAGCGGCAGCCCGCCCGCCCCGCACAGAGCCUUCGCCGGCAUCGGCCCUGCACACCUGAACGGGGUGAGGCUGGGCCACCCGGGGCGAGGCGGCCCCCCGGUCAGGAGUGUGUCUCUGGACGGCACUUUGGGCCCUAACCACGCCGCCGCUCGGCCCUUCACCCAGCAGCACCGGAGUAGCGGCCCCUACUCCCUCCUGCAGCAGCAGCAGCAGCAGCAGCAUGGCAUGAUGGGAAGCCACGGGGGCAUGGCCAACCAGGCUGCCAUGGCCAACGCAGGCAUGCUGACCGGUGGCUCGGUCCGGGGCCCCAUGCAGCAGGGCUGGGGCCCCCAGGGGCCUGUAGGGGGCGCCGUGGGGCCGAUGAUGGGCCAGGCGGUCGCACCCGGGCGGAUGGUCCCAAACAUGAACGCAGCGCUUCCCAUGAGAGGAAACAGUCAGCCUGCAUCCAGAGCCAUGGUCAACAUGCAGAUGAUGGGCAACGAAAUGGAGAUGGCAAACCCCGCCUACCCUCAGCAGCAAGCCCCGCCCAAUCAGACAGCACCGUGGCCGGACCGCAUGAUGACCAUGGAUCACUAUGGCAACCAAAACAGGCCGCCGUACGCCGUCCCGCAGGACGAAGGGGGGGGCUGCUGCGGCUCGGGGCCCGGCAGCCAGCCGGACGAAGGGGCCCUGCUGAACCAGCUGUACUCGGUGCUGAAGGACUUUGAGGGCCUGGAGGAGAUCGACAAGAUGCUGGGAAUCCCCACGCUGGCUGGACAUAGCCAUGCAUCUAACCAGGACCAGUUCAUGGGCUCCGACCCGGCGGCUGGUAUGAAGCCUCCCCUGUACAGCCAGCACUACGGCAGCCAGCCGGGCUACGGCGGCCUGCCUCCGGACCACGGCUUCCAAGGCGGGAUGGGCCAGCAGAGGAUGCCCGGCUACGCCCCGAUGAUGAGGAUGCCGGGCGGGGCAGGAGGACCCAGAGCGGCCGGGAUGAGGCCGGGGGGGCCCGCCGCGGUCGCACCCCCCCAACCCAACAACCUGAGGCUCCAGCUGCAGCACAGACUGCAGGCCCAGCUGAACCGUCAGCCGAUGGUGAACCAGAUGAGCGGAGUGUCCAGUAUGAAUCUACCUCUCAGGUCUAACGUACCAAACCAGGGAACCCUCAACGCCCAGAUGCUGGCUCAGCGUCAGCGCGAGUACCUCAGCAACCACCUACGCCAACGCCAACAACAGCAACAGCAACACGUGCACCAGCAGCGCGCCAUGAUGAUGCGGGCGCAGGGCAUCAACAUGCCACCUAGCAUGCCCAACGGGGGCGCCACCCCCACGCCGGUCCCCAUGGGGGGCACCAACCCACGCCUGCCGCAGGGCAACCCGCAGCAGUUCCCCUACGCCGCCUCAAGCUACGGUACCGGCCUGCCCUCUCCUCCUCCUGCUCCUCCUCCUCAUCCCGGCUCCUCCAGCCCCUUCUCCUCUCCUCUCUCCCCCAGCCAUCAUCUGGCUAGCCAGGGCAUGCUGGGAAAUGUAGGCGGGCAGUACGGCGGGGUAUUGAGUCCAUCAAUGCAGCACAGUGCCUUCCAGUACAACAGUUCAGGGAUGAGCCAGCAGCAGCAGCAGCAGGAUCCAGGGUCAGGCUUCCCAGGUGGGACUGCCACCCCCCAGAGCCCCAUGCUGUCCCCCAGGAUGGGGCAGGGUCAGAGCCCCAUGCUGCAGCAGAGCCAGGGCCAAGUCCAACACCAGGGUCAGCCCCAGGGAACCUCCGGCUACCAGACUGGCGCCGACCUCAACGGCUGGCCCCAACCCGCCAACGUCUCCACCGGCAACAGUAUAUACUCCCAGCAGUCCCAGUCCCAGUACGCUCCACAGCCGAACGGAGGCAUGUACAGUAGCAACAACAUGAACCUGGGAGUUCCCAUGUCCAGUAAUGCUGGUAACAUGAACCAAAUGUCAGGACAGAUGACCUCCAUGACCUCCAUGGCUGUAGAACAGGUAACUGAUAGCAACCUGAUCCUGGAGCAGCUGGCGGGAAUUGACAUGUUGUCACAAGAAGGCGAAGCCACUUCUAAUUACUGCUGACCCCGGUUUUAGAUGAGACGGCGUAACACGCCACCAGUGGGCAAUUGCCAACAUCUCUCAACCGGCCAAUCGAGAUGAUGACGACGCACAAUGGAGACGCCGGUGGCUCUAACUCACCAGCCAAUCAAGAGAAAGCUUGUGGCGGUAGUUAAACAGAGGAACGGGAGGGACAUACCCAACCAUCUGAAGCUUGUUUGUUUCAGUGUAGCUUAGCCCCCCGUUUUUUACAUUUUCUACAGUGUGGGGAAACAAAUAGCAACAUUUCUCUCAAACCAGGAGGUCUGUGGGAAAAGUUGCCUUCUUUUUAAGAAACAAGAGGCUAAAAGUGGCACCUUUUCAACUAAUUUAGAGUGAUUUAGACUACUUUUCUGUGUUUGACAGCUUAUUGGACACUGAAUCAAUCCCACCCAUCUGGUAUUAGUCCAGAUAUAUAGACAAACACACACACACACACACACACACACACACACACACACACACAUACAUACACACACGCUUAUUCACAAAGUGUUUGCCCUUAGUGUGUCCUCUAGUCAAAUGAAUGUAUUCCUACAGUUUCCCCAUUGAUUUGUAAUCCUCUCAAAGUCUCUGAAAUAGUGUGUAUGAGAAGCGUAAUAGGAGAGAGAGAGAGAGAGAGAGAGAGAGAGAGAGAGUGUGUGUGUGUGUGCGUGUGUAAACCUGAAACAAAUGAUGUCACAGUUUUGGAUACGAGCAGAGUGAAUAGCUGACAAGCAUACACGAAACUGCUCAAUUUUCAUUUUUUACUGUCCUACUACAGAGCCUGACUUAAACAGUCAAUUUAAAAGGUUUAUGAAAAACGUUUUACUGGUAUUUAUAGUUUUGAAAAGGUUUUAGAAAGAUUCUUUGUAUGACACAAAUAAUGAGGUUAUCGUUCUUUGUCAAGAUCCUUUGAAAUGGUACAUUUUGAUGUUGAUUUGAGGUAAAUGCUUUCUGGUCCUGUAGUUACAGGUGAGCUGUAUCUCUAUUUCACUGCUUUUUGAAUGAAGGUGAAUAUUUAUAGAUAAUGUACAUACGUAGAUUUAUAAUGUCCCUGCUUUAUAAUUCCCCCCUGCCUGACUUUGCUAAUCAGCAGAGAAGAGUUUUAGUGAAACAAAUGUUUCUAGGUGGCAGAGCAGCUCCACGUCAUUGGUUGAAUUAAAGCAGAGUGGGUAGAGCCAAAGAAUCACACUCGUUAUACGUACAGAGAUACCCUGUCCUGUGGUGCCAGUUUUAUCAGUUUCCUACCAGGAUGUGCUCAUGAACACACCACCGAGUCAUGAGACCAUGAGGGAGUAAACGUGGCAGUUUGGGUAGAUCCCAACAAAGAGCGUGUUUAUGUGGGACAUGUUACUGAUGCUGAUAGGACGUCUAAAAUUUGUCUGUUUAAUCUAAAAAAAUAAGCAUUUCUACUCACCCCCUUAGCUCGUAACAUCUCUAAGCUUUGGCCUCGGCUCGAUUCAGUAUCACAUCUCUUAUUGAGCUUUUUGAGACAGGUGUUUCUUGUGAAAUUAAACAUUUACUGUAUUGAAAAAUAUAAAUAUAAAUAUCACCCAACUGCAAGUAGUUUGCCAGUCUUUGCUGUAGCUGCAUUUCCUUUUCUUUUCUUUGUGUUAGUUCCCAUCACACUUCGCCUAAAUCUGCAUAACUUGUGACUUCAUGGCGACUUGCAGUUUUCCCUGUUGGGCUGACAUCAAGCAGCCCUGUGAUGACAGCCUUCCCUGCUCUCUUCACUGCCACUGGAUAAACGCUAGAUUUAAGAAAAGUGUCGGUCCUGUAGUGGUUUGACUUUUGAAUCCAGUCAAAAUGUGGGACGUGGCUUCACCCUCGCAGCAGCAGAAAUACUAAGCUGGCUAACUGGUAAACUUGAAUGGCAAAGAAGGAGCUCUGGUCAAAGUAAAAAUAUACACGGCAACCAUGUCUUUUUUCAUGGAUUAAUUCAUGACCAUGAAGGCAUUCAUGAUGAUGGAGGGUCAGCCGGGUAGAAGGUCUGUGCAGCUAACUAAUGACCUAGCUGACAGUAGGGCUACAUUUUUUUUUUUAUUGAGUUUUAUGUGUUUGGCUUCAUAACAUUAGUUCCCUUCUCUCUAACCUCUUGCCUUUGUCACUUUCUUAGUUUCCUUUCACUUAUGUUAUUUAGUCAGGGAAAAAAAUGGUUGUUUGGCUCCACCCUCUGAAAUUUAAUCCAACCAAUGAGAUUGUUUCUUCUGUGUCUCUGCAAUAUUUGUGAACUAAAACUCCAAACGGGCGCAAAACACUUUACAAUGACACUUUACAAGUUGUGAAGAACCGACUCACAAGAGUCGAUCUUACACUUGGUGCUCUUUCCGGAGCCACUAAUGUGCAUGAGCGAGGACGGGGCUUGGUGUCUUGCUCAAGGACACUUCAGCAGAGCGCAGGACAGUCUCUCUACCAAGUCGAGAAGACACGAAGUUCUGCCCCAAAAUGAGAUGUCUGGCAUUCAAGAACAAGAGACACCUCGGGGGUAUUUCACCGAGCUGUUAGCCAGAUAACAACGAUGCAGCGUUCUGUGAUCGUGAUUUGCGUGUGUAAAACAAAACUUGAAUCAAAAGUGUAGGAAGUCAAUUUGGUCAUCUGUGUUGAAGAGCACUAAUGAUGAGCAAAAUUUCAGAAGAUAUUUCAUAACACGCUGAAAGUGUAUCUGGCUAACUUUCCAAUCCUGCUUGCUGAAAUAUCUCCAGGUCUUGAAAGUUGAUUAAUAAUGUUAAAUUUAAACAAUCUGUGGUACUUUCUUUCAGUUAUGAGGUGACUGAUGUCCUUUAACGGCACAUUGAUAUCGACCUUUAGACUGGAUUGUCUGGAUUUUAACAAUAUUGAAUGUUAAACUUCAUGUGAUGAAAUGUUUCUCCCUAAAACAGACACAUAGCUUUUGGAGAAUGAACUCUUCAAGUCAAUCAAGGUGCUCUCUCUGUUCAUUUACGGUGCUGUCAGUACAAGCUUUUAAGUGAACAAAACCGACUAACAGGCAACAUGUAUUUCUACCCUGGAUAGUCCACAAGUCUGUAAGCACAUACUGUAACAAACAAUGAGUUAUAAUACUUUUUUUGUUUGUUUGUUUUAGUUUUUUUUUUUUUUUUCGUUUUUGUUUUGUUUUAUUUUUUCCAGGCAAAUGUGAAAAUUGUAAACUGACUGCAAAAUGAAACAGUGAAAUGAAAUUAGGUGGAAAUAGCUCUAAAGUUCUAAAGUUUUGUGCUGGUCAUGUUUGAAGGAUUUUUGUUUUCUUUGUAGGACAUGAAACUUCUCAAAUCGCGAUUUUCCUCUAUGAUCUUUCAGCUUUCGAAACAGCUCGUUUUUAUUCCAGUGGACGUACCUAGUACGCUGUAAAAUCCCAAAGAUUUUACGACAAAACCUUUAAAAGAAAAUGUAAGCCAUGGAACUGUUUUGAAUGUCAAACUUUCUGCAAAGGAUCACGGCAAUCAAGACCAGAUGCGUAACGCUCGUGUACAGUAAUUCCUAAUGUUUUUAGAUAAAAGUGAAUGAUUUCCUCCUGAUUUUAACUGAUACAGUAUACAUAUAUAUGGAAGAUUUUUCUUAACUUAUAGAUUGAUAUUUUAUCAAUUGGUAAAUAAUUCAUGCAAGUACCUUAAGAUGCUAAAGACAUAGCAUAAUGCCUUAGAUCUGUGAUUUUCUGUCUGGUGUAUUAACUGUGAGAUUUACAGGUGUAUUAUAUGUGUAUAGUCAGAUACUGCUGAGUGUUUCACCCCGUCUUGGGCUUAGAAGUUAGACGACCAGGCUUUUGUUAUUUUCCCUUGAAGUCCAUCACCUGAUGUGGUAACACUUUAUAGCCUCAUCUCAGUGUAUUAACCUGUGUAGUAACAUAUGGGAAAGUACUGUAAGUGCACAGUAAUGCUGUGUUAGUGCUUGGUAAUACAUAAUAUCAGUGCAAAGAAUCUCAUUAAAGGGGCACUAUAUAAAAUUGCAUUAAAGAGAGGACUUUUUCAGCCACGCCUGACCAAAAAAAAAAAAACAAAAAAAACAAAACAUAAUAAGCAUGAGGGUGUUACCUGAAUGAAUGGUGAUUAUAAAUGUGUAGUGAUAAGUAUAUGCUGAUGAUACUCUGCUCUGUCUGUCACAGAAACCCAGUGUCUUUGUGAUCACGGAUAGAGUUGAGAGCUUCCACAUUUGGCACAAUAUACAACUGAACUUAGACCAAAGCAGGUGGUUGGAUCUCUGACACUGUCCUUUAGUGGCUCUCAUUGCAUAGAAAAUCAUGUGUUUCUUUUUUAGCAUCUGUAGCCAAAUGUGGUGUACCUCAGGGCUUAAUUCGGCGUUCAGUGAUCUAGGAUCUGCAUCGACCUCUGUUGGCAACCAGUAGGAACUGCAACAACCUAAACAAAUCUCUGGCAAUUUUUAAAGACAUAAAAUUGACAUUUUUCCAAGAAAAAAAAAAAGAACAGGCUGUUUAGAGAAGGUUAAUAUGUCACCAUGCAAAAUAAUGAUUCUGGAAAAUCAGUAUUGCUUUGUCAUUUGUUUUCUGGCUUGAGAACAGGGGGUGUUUUAGCCUCUGUGGCAAAAAUGUUUUCCGGCUCUGUCCUGAAACUCUAAUAGGUGGUGAGUUUUUGUUCUGAAACAGAGUCGAGGCCAGAAAGUAAGUUUUUAAAGGCAGAAAGCUCAGCAGCUGGCCAGGUCACUGUUGAAUCAUUGGUGUUAAUCAUCAAUCCAAUAAACCACAAAUAUAUUAUGGUCUGUUUGUGAUAUAGUGUGCUAAAAGUCUUAUUUAUUGCCCCUUUAAAUGACCUUCCCAUAGGUUAAUACACUGGGACCAGGGCUUCAUGAAGUGUUUUUCUCUGCGAUCACUAAUCGGUUGUAUUAUUUGUACAAAAAAGAAAAAAAAUGUGUUUGUCAUCCUGGAAAACAAAGUAUUUGUUUGACAGUACAAUGGUAAAUCAGAGCAAUAUGUUAAAGCAUAAGGAGGGAGUGUUGGUGUACAAAGCUUGGUGUUUGCGGUUCAAGAGAUUUUUUUUUUUUUUUUUUUAAGUUAUAAUCCCAGCUGUGAUAUUCAUAUUAAAUAUCUCAGCGGUCCAUACACACAGUAUAUCCCCCGAGUGUGAGUGUUUUAUUACGCAGAAGUCCAGUCGUUCACACACUUAUGCAAACUGUCGACUCUAAUGUUGCUUUUGCCAAUGCUGCUCGCUAAUUUAUGAUUCAUGCCAUUGUAAAUAAAUUAUUUUUAUUGAGUGGAA